AUGGCUAAUCAGACCUGCACCUUUCCCACAAGAUACUUGGUGCUAGAACAUGUAUCGGGUGGUGAGCUCUUUGACUAUCUGGUGAAGAAGGGGAGGCUGACCCCCAAGGAAGCGCGCAAGUUCUUCCGACAGAUCAUCUCUGCUCUUGACUUCUGCCACAGCCACUCAAUAUGCCACAGGGACUUGAAACCCGAAAACCUUCUGCUGGACGAGAGGAACAACAUCCGAAUCGCAGACUUCGGGAUGGCAUCACUGCAGGUUGGGGACAGCUUAUUAGAGACCAGCUGCGGGUCACCUCAUUAUGCCUGCCCCGAGGUAAUCCGGGGUGAAAAAUACGAUGGCAGGAAAGCAGACGUAUGGAGCUGUGGGGUCAUUCUGUUUGCCUUGUUGGUGGGGGCUCUGCCUUUUGAUGAUGACAACCUUCGGCAGCUCCUGGAGAAGGUGAAGCGAGGGGUGUUCCACAUGCCACACUUCAUCCCACCCGACUGUCAGAACCUGCUUCGAGGCAUGAUUGAAGUUGAUGCCUCCAAGAGGCUGACGCUAGAACACAUUCAGAAACACAUAUGGUAUAUAGGAGGCAAGAAUGAGCCGGAGCCAGAGCAGCCCAUCCCCCGAAAGGUGCAGAUCCGAUCCCUUCCGUCCCUGGAGGAUAUCGACCCUGAUGUGUUGGACAGCAUGCACUCUCUAGGCUGCUUCCGAGACCGAAAUAAACUCUUACAGGACCUCUUGUCGGAAGAGGAAAACCAAGAAAAAAUGAUCUAUUUUCUCCUCCUUGACCGGAAAGAAAGGUAUCCCAGUCAUGAGGAUGAGGACCUCCCCCCACGGAAUGAAAUAGACCCCCCCAGGAAGCGUGUGGACUCCCCAAUGUUGAAUAGACAUGGAAAGCGGAGACCUGAGAGGAAGUCCAUGGAGGUCCUCAGUGUGACAGAUGGCGGCUCCCCAGUCCCUGCCCGCCGAGCUAUUGAGAUGGCCCAGCAUGGCCAGAGGUCCCGGUCAAUCAGCGGCGCAUCGUCGGGUCUCUCCACCAGCCCUCUUAGCAGUCCAAGGGUGACCCCUCACCCCUCUCCGAGGGGCAGUCCCCUCCCCACCCCCAAGGGAACGCCCGUCCACACGCCAAAGGAGAGCCCGGCGGGCACGCCCAACCCCACCCCACCGUCCAGCCCCAGCAUCGGCGGGAUGCCCUGGAGGACCCGGCUCAAUUCGAUCAAAAACAGCUUCCUGGGGUCUCCUCGAUUCCACCGGCGGAAACUGCAGGUACCUACACCAGAGGAGAUGUCCAACCUGACCCCAGAGUCAUCCCCGGAGCUCGCCAAAAAGUCUUGGUUUGGUAACUUUAUCAACCUGGAGAAAGAAGAGCAGAUCUUUGUGGUCAUCAAAGACAAGCCGCUGAGCUCCAUCAAAGCUGACAUUGUGCAUGCCUUCCUCUCGAUCCCCAGCCUCAGCCACAGCGUCAUCUCUCAGACGAGCUUCAGAGCAGAGUACAAGUCAACGGGAGGGCCAGCUGUCUUCCAGAAGCCAGUCAAGUUCCAGGUGGACAUCACCUACACAGAAGGAGGAGAGGCCCAGAAGGAGAAUGGCAUCUACUCAGUCACUUUCACACUAUUGUCAGGUCCAAGCCGUCGCUUUAAGAGGGUGGUGGAGACGAUUCAGGCCCAGUUGUUAAGCACACAUGACCAGCCAUCCGUCCAGCAAUUAUCAGACACCACUAACUGUAUGGAAUUGAUGACGGGGAGGCUUUCCAAAUGUGACGAGAAGAAUGGGCAGGUGGCCCACUCCCCCGGCACGCCAACCAAGUCUAGCGCCCACAGCCAGCGGAGAGAGGCCGAGGCGCCUGCCGCCAAGUAUCCAGGUGGCAGAGACAAGGCAAAGUCGGCCGCACCAGCUGCCACCCAAGAGCAACCCUAG